AUGGCAUUAAAAGAUGCUUACGGCAAAGAAAUUGAUCGAAAGAUUCAAUUGGGGUAUUACAAGAGAGUAGAUCAUUCGAAAUGGGCUUCGACUACGCAUAUUGUUGCAAAGAAAAACGGUGGUAUUCGCAUUACAGGUAAUUACAAACCAACAGUUGAUCCGCAAAUGAUAAUUGAUGAACAUCCAAUUCCGAAAGCGGAAGAUUUAUUUAAUAAAAUGAAAAAUGCUACAAUUUUUUGUCAUCUUGAUAUAACAGAUGCAUACACCCAUCUUACAGUUGACGAAGAAUUUGCACAUGUAUUAACUCUAAACACAAUCACGCAUGGGUUAGUACGUCCAACACGUGCAGUUUAUGGAGCAGCAAAUAUACCAGCGAUAUGGCAGAGGAGAAUGGAGACAUCGAAGUGUGUAUUCGCCACAACAUCUGUGGAGUUUCUUGGUCAUCGAAUUGAUGCACAUGGCGUGCAUAAAUCCCAGAAACAUGUCGAAGCAAUAUUGAAUGCGCCCAAACCAUCAACGGUUGAAGAGCUUCAACUUUUCUUAGGGAAAGCAACAUACUAUGGCGCGUUCAUUCCGGAUUUGGCUACAAAGGCGCGACCAUUAUGGGACAUGUUGAAAACAAAAGAAUUUUGCUGGACGGGAGAGGCAGAUGCAGCAUUUACUCAGUUAAAACAAAUAUUGACUUCACCUCAAGUAUUAAUUCCAUACGAUCCGUCACUACCGGUAAUGUUAGCAACAGACGCAAGCCGAACGGGUCUAGGUGCUGUAUUGUCACAUCGUUUAGAAAAUGGAGUGGAUCGGCCAAUAGCUUAUGCAAGUCGAACGAUGACUGUUACGGAACAACGAUAUACACAAAUUGAUAAAGAGGUACUAGCUAUUGUGUGGGCAGUUCAAAAAUUUUUCAAAUACUUAUAUACUCGUCAUUGGAUAUUGAUCACGGAUCAUAAGCCGUUAUCACAGAUUCUUCAACCUAAUAAAUCGCUUCCAGUACUAUGUAUAAGUAGAAUGGCUAACUAUGCAGAGUUUUUAAGCAGAUUCGAUUUCGAAGUUAUAUACAAAAAUUCAAAAGCAAACGCAAAUGCCGAUUAUUUGUCACGUGCUUCCCUUCAACAAAUAAAUCAAUUACAACAAAUAGUAGCGACUCAUUCAGAUGAAUGUGAUGAGUUCGAUAAUUUCAUGAUUUGCCAGAUAAAUCAGUUGCCUGUUAAAGCAGAACGUAUUGCAAUAGAAACCAGAAAGGACAAGCAUCUCGGCAAGAUAAUCAGAUUACUGGAAAGUGGCCGCUGUUUAAAAAGAGAAGGUUACAAAUCGCCAGAAGCGAGUUACGUGUUGUCAUCAGGGUGUUUGACGUUCGAACAUCGGGUCGUUAUCCCUCCACAUUAUCGACAAAGAUUACUAGAGAAUCUACACACAUCGCACUUAGGAAUGGUAAAAAUGAAGGGCAUUGCUCGUUCUUUUAUAUAUUGGCCAGGAAUAGACAAAGAUAUUGAGAAUAUGGCCAACGAGUGUGAUGGGUGCGCGAGACAAGCGAAUAAGUCGGUGAAAUGCGAUAGUCAUUAUUGGGAAUACCCAAAAGGACGAUGGGAACGUAUUCAUAUUGAUUAUGCAGGGCCAUUUGAAGGGGCAAUAUUACUAGUAAUUGUUGAUGCUUACAGUAAGUGGUUAGAAGUUAAAAUCACAAAAUCUACUACGGCUGCAGAUACAAUUUCGCUUUUGGACGAUGUAUUUGCUGUUCUUGGAGUUCCGCUUAUGGUGGUUUCUGACAAUGGAACAAAUUUUACUUCUGUAGAAUUAAACGAUUUCCUCACAACAGUUGGUGUUAAAUACCAUAAAUAUUCAGCUUCAUAUCAUCCAGCUACUAACGGUCAGGCGGAGCGUAGCGUACAAACAAUAAAAAAUGCGCUAAAGGCAAUGGGCACAACAAGCAAGAAUUUAAAAAAAAAUUUGAACGAGUUCCUAAGGCAAUACAAGAAUACGCCACAUUCAACUACAGGGUUUUCGCCAGCUCAGUUGUUUUUGGGACGACAUCUGCGAACACGCUUAGAUCUCAUUCGGCCAGAGGAAAUUGCAAAGAAGGUGAAAGAUAAGCAAUACUUGCAGUGUCAAUCUAGUAAUAGGUGUAGGGAAUUCGCAGCAGGCCAAAGCGUAUACUUCUUAUCGGGCAAUUCGCGAAUGCAUAAAUGGCUCAGAGGUACAAUUAAUACACGUUUAGGUGAUCUUCACUACGAAAUACUUUGUAAUGGAAAGGAAGUAAAGAGACAUGUAAAUCAAAUUCGAAGAGCUGCAAGUGCACCCAUUAGAAAUACAGCGAAAGAAUAUCGUGAAUCAAAAUAUUCGUUCGAGAGUAGUGGUGACAAGACAAAGGACUCGCUUGAAGCAGAGAACAAUGAAAUAAUCACUGAAGGGAGUCCGGGAUUGGAGAAUGAGUUUAAGAGGCCAGAAAACAAUGAAGCAACCACUGAAGGGAGUCCGAGAUUGGAGAAUGAGUUUGAGAGGUGGACAACGCCCAACACAUCGAGAAAUGAGGAGUUUUAUUCAACACCACACCCAAUAGCUGAGAGUACGCCUGAGACGACCAAUGUAACUCCCGCUAUACGACACAAGACUAAGGAAAACUAG